AUGAUCGAGGCUAUUAAUGCCCAACUAACCUGCAAAUUGACGGAGGAAAACGCUGUAAAUUGUACGACUUUGAUUUCACCUGAUUUACAGAUUACUGGUAACGACGCCUCUCAUACUUUAAAUCGCCUUUCGUAUAUAUCAGGAUAUUUUGCAGAUGGAUUUUCCUCUUCCCUUGGAGCUCUUCGGCAGCCAAUAGAAGCCUAUGACAAUGAUAUCUCUACUCUUCCUUGGUCUAUUUCUAUAAAAAAACUCCUUUAUUUGUUUGCUUGGCAUACUGUAUGCCGAGCUGCUAUCAAUCAAGCAGGAAAACAACUGGCCUAUAAUCUGGAAAGUGCUGUUUCAUUUGGAGCGCUACUCACUGGCCUACUUUCUCGUCAUCUAAAAAAAUCGGUAACGAUUACCACCUUGCAGUAA